AUGUCAUCCCUCGUCGGCAAGCCCUUCCCUGAGGGUGUCACCUUCACGUACGUGCCGCCGUCGCCGGACAAGUCCGAGGUGACGGCGUGCGGCAUCCCCGUCAAGUUCGACGCCAGCAAGGAGCUCAAGGACAAGAAGGCCAUCAUCGUCGCCGUCCCGGGCGCCUUCACCCCGACCUGCCAGGCCGACCACCUCUCGGGCUUCAUCAAGAAGUUCGACCAGCUCAAGGGCGCUGGUGCCGACCUCGUCAUCUUCAUCGCCUACAAUGACCCCUUCGUCAUGUCUGCCUGGGGCAAGGCGAAUGGUAUCGUCGAUGAUAAGAUUCUCUUCAUGUCAGAUGACAACAUCGCCUUCAGCUCGAGCGUUGGCUGGACCAUGGAGGGCACCGGCCGCACUGCCCGCUAUGCUCUGAUUGUGGACAAAGGCAUCGUUACGUACGCCGAGAAAGAGUCUCAGAGGGGCGUGGACGUCUCAGGUGUUGACGCCAUCUUGGCUAAGCUAUAG